AUGGCAAGUACAAGCGAUAAAAUAAAAGAAAUCGAAAACGAGAUAGCACGCACGCAGAAGAACAAGGCGACUGAAUUCCACUUGGGACUGCUGAAAGCAAAGCUAGCGAAGUUGAGGAAGGAGGCGAUGACACCGAAGGGAGGUGGAUCAACGAGCCACGAGGGAUUUGAUGUGGCUAAAUCUGGCGUGGGCCGAAUUGGAUUCGUUGGGUUUCCAUCAGUUGGCAAAUCAACAUUAAUGUCCAAAUUAACAGGAGUGAAUUCUGAGGUUGCUGCUUACGAGUUCACAACACUCACUGCGAUACCAGGCGUAGUACAGUACAAUGGUGCCAAAUUGCAGAUGAUUGAUCUACCAGGAAUAAUUGAGGGAGCCAAGGAUGGAAAAGGAAGGGGAAAACAGGUCAUUGGUGUAGCACGAUCGUGUUCUCUAAUCAUAAUCUGCCUGGACGUGAGUAAGCCACUCAUGCACAAGGCAGUAAUAGAAAGAGAGUUGGAAGGUGCUGGAAUUCGACUAAACAAGGAGCCACCGAGGAUAAAAAUCACAAAACGAGAGAAGGGUGGAAUAAACAUCACAGGUGGAAAAUUCCCACCUGAAAUGGUGAAACAAAUUAUGGGCGAAUUUAGGCUACUAAAUGCAGAAGUGACGAUUCAGGGGAAUCCAACAAUAGACGAGUUGAUUGACGUGGCUGCUGGAAACAGGAAAUACAUGCCGUGCCUAUACGUUCUAAAUAAGAUAGACGCAAUCAGCAUAGAGGAGUUGGACAUUUUGAGUCGAAUUCCACAUGCUGUACCAAUUAGUGCAGAAAAAGGAUGGAAUUUCGACAUGCUUUUGAAGAAGAUCUGGGCUGAUCUGAAUCUGAUCAGGAUCUACGCGAAGCCAAAGGGACAGCCUGUUGACUACGACGAGCCUGUGAUUCUGAGAGCCAAGAGACGAACCAUCCUUGACUUCUGUAACUCGAUUCAUAGGGCCAUAAUGUCCAAAUUCAAGUAUGCGGUUGUAUGGGGGACAUCUGUGAAGCAUCAGAAGCAGAAAGUGGGAAAGGACCACCUAUUGAAUGAUUGUGACGUAGUACAGAUUAUCAAGAGCAUCUAG